AUGGCAACACGCUCUGCUGGCAAUGAAAAGAGUUUGGGGCAUGGUCAAAAGAGGCAGAGAGAGGACGAGCCCGAUUUCUCGAAUCCAACCACGCUCGUCACCUUUAUCGUUGGUGCAGAACCCAACACCGAGAAGUUUAUGGUCCACAAGGAAGUUGCUUGUUUUGGCUCGCCAGUCCUAGAUGCCGCGCUUGAUCGCACCUCCAUCGAAGGGGACGUUUUGAAAUAUACCAUGGACAGCACCACUCCACGGGCAUUUCGAUUGUUAGUUCAAUGGCUAUACAGCAGAAAGCUGAAAGUCUUGCAACUACGAACUCUUAGUGAGUCGCCGACAACAACUCACCAGGCACGGGUGGAGGCUGCGCAGUCUGAAGAUGAAAGUUUGGCAGAACUCUGGGUUCUUGGUCGUGAGCUUUGCAUACCUGAUCUCCAAAAUCAUGUCCUAGACAAGAUCUUUGCCAUAUAUCGCUUUAGAAGCCGGAUUCCGUUCACAACAUACCACUACAUAUUCAAGAACACCUCGGGAUGGUGUGGUCUCGCCAGAUAUACCAUCGAUUUCUGUCUCCGAUACCUGGAACCUGCGUGCCUCGAGAAGCAUCAGAUUCAUUUUCCUCGGAAGCUACUAGUUACCCUUACGAUGAGUUUUACGAAGCAGAGGGACUUGAGAGUGGAGAGUGGCAGUGCAGUUUUGGAGGACAUUCUGCCAGCAACGUACUAUGAAAGCAACAAUAACGAUGUGAUCCUCGCGGCCAAUGAAGAACCUGAAGGAAUCUUUGAAUGA